AUGAAGAAGCAAAUCGGUUUGGUGAUGAUUAUGGUGGUGAUGUUGUGUAGCCAAUGUUUGAUUAGCGUCGAAGCAAGACCGAUCGUCGAGCGUCGGAAUCUGCUCGCGAAUGGGCUUGGGAUGACUCCUCCCAUGGGUUGGAACACUUGGAAUCACUUUUAUUGCGAUAUCAACGAGACUAUAAUUAGAGAAUCAGCGGAUGCAUUGGUGUCUACUGGGCUUGCUAAACUUGGAUAUCGAUAUGUCAACAUAGAUGAUUGUUGGGCUGAGCAUGAUCGCGAUUCAACGGGUUAUAUGGUGCCAAAAAGGUUAACGUUUCCAUCAGGAAUCAAAGCUCUCGCAGAUUAUGUUCAUGGCAAGGGGCUUAAACUUGGUAUUUACUCGGACGCAGGGCACCAAACAUGCAGCCAGACGAUGCCAGGUUCGCUUGGUCAUGAGCAGAAAGAUGCUGAAACUUUUGCUUCAUGGGGCAUUGAUUACCUUAAGUACGACAACUGUAACAAUGAUGAUUUGAAACCGAUGAAGCGGUAUCCUGAGAUGACUCGAGCUCUGAUGAGAACAGGCAAACCAAUUUUUGUCUCUCUAUGUGAAUGGGGAGACAUGCAUCCAGCUCUUUGGGCUGACAAGUUAGGGAAUAGUUGGAGAACAACUUUCGACAUAAACGAUUCAUGGGAAAGUAUGGUCUCGAGGGCAGAUCAGAAUGAGGUUUACGCUGAGCAUGCAAGGCCUGGUGGUUGGAAUGAUCCAGACAUGCUCGAAGUUGGAAAUGGUGGUAUGAGUAACGAUGAGUACACCGUGCACUUCAGCCUCUGGGCUGCUUCCAAGGCUCCUCUUAUUAUCGGUUGUGAUGUAAGGAGCAUGACCAAGGAAACCUUGGCUAUCCUUGGCAACGAGGAAGUGAUUGCUGUAAAUCAAGAUCCUCUCGGUGUUCAAGCUAAGAAGGUGCGAAUGUAUGGAGAUUCCGAGGUUUGGGCAGGACCUCUCUCUGGAUACAGAACUGUAGUCAUUCUGUUGAACCGUUCCCCUGAAUUCAGAACCAUCACAGCCCAAUGGGAUGACAUCGGUCUUCCACCAAACACGGUUGUGGAAGUCAGAGAUCUUUGGAAGGUACUCCAAAUGUUUCCAUGCGACUCUGGAGAACAAGUUGUGAACGAACUGACAACCGACGUGCACCACCAUGCCUGCAAGAUGUUCCUGUUGACGCCUCUUACACUAUCAGAAGAGGAUGAACCGAAAGUGGACUCCCUCCAGGCACAACUACGCUCGGUAAAUCGGUGCUUGGACGAGGUUCAACAUGAGUUUCGUAAAUCCAAGGAUAAGCUCGGCAAGGCCUCUUCAGGAGCAUCUCCUUUCACACCCAAGGUUCAGGACAAGCCAAUCCCUACAAGCUUUCGUCUCUCUAUUCUCGAAGCCUAUGAUGGCGGCUAUGACCCAACGGAACAUGUCGUCACCUUUCAGACCCAGAUGGUCGUAUAUGGUACUUCUGACGCCCUCAUGUGCAGGGUGUUCCCCACCUCGCUCGGAGGCCCAGCUCGAAUGUGGUAUAGCCAUCUCAGACCGGCCUUGAUCGCCUCUUUCAACCAACUUGCCAAAGAGUUCAAGCUCAACUUCAUGGCCAGUGUGCGAUCAAGGCCAUCUGCGGCUCUACUCCUCGGUCUCAGCCAAAAGGACGACGAGACACUUUCUCAUUUUGUGACAUGUUUUGCUACUGAAAUCCGGGGGCUACCCGACACUCACCCUUCCUUGAUAAUGCAGGUCUUUCUAAUGGGACUCUGA